GAAAGAAAAUCGAUAAUAAUUGUUAAUGAUAAACUAAUCACAUAUUAUCGUUAACAAUUUUUCUGUUUAAAUCAUAAUUAGCAUUAUUAUAAUCACUUAGAAAUGACAAGUUUUCCUUCCACCUUGAAUAGCAACGUGCAAUAGCUGUUAGUCUCCCUCCCUUUGACUUUCUUCAUACUAUUUCAAUUUCUUGAACCAUUCUGCAUCUCACCAUUGUUAAUUGUAGAAAUCAUUUUCUGGCUUCUGUUCAAGGUGCAGAAAAUGUUAUAUUCAUCUGGUUAUUUGAGUGUUUAUUUUUCUUUAUUCCGAUUUGAAUUAAACUACAUUGAAGAUGAGGAGGAUCUCCUGAACCAUAUAUAGUUAUAAUUGAGUUUCAAGUCUUGAUGUUCAUCUCUUGUGGGUCAUAAUGAGUUGGCAAAAUGGAUCCAGUUUAUCUGGUAAAAGGGAGGUUUCUGAUACAUUAACAAACGCUAGUCCUGAGGCUGAAGCCAACCAACGUGCAAUAUUGGUGGAGUGGUUAAAUAGUAUUAACCCACAUUUAAAUUUGCCAACAAAAGCUUCUGAUGAAGAGCUGAGAGCAUGUCUGAUUGAUGGCACUCUCCUAUCUCAGAUUUUGAAGAGGCUUAGACUAGUUUCAGAUAAUGAGGUAGGCAAUUCUCAUCAUUCCUCAGUUUCCAGCUCAGAAUAUGUCAGAAGAUUUCUGGAAACUCUGGAUAAGCUAGGGAUUCCUGGAUUUGCAGUGUCAGACCUAGAGAAGGGUUGUAUGAAGCCUGUUAUAGGCUGUCUUUUAAAACUUAGAGCUGGAUUUUCCCCUGCCAAAGAGAAUUUAUCAAUCAAUACUAAAGUUACAAAAUCUGGAAACCUGCAAAAUGAUGAAGGCCUUCCUUCUCCAGUAUUUGGAGAAGAAAGGAGAAAAGUUUUGUCAGAGUCCAAAAUUAAUGGUGCUUCACGCAGUUCACUAAUAUCAGAGCAAUCAGCUGCUUUAUUGCAUAAUGUUGGACAUAAAUUCCCUGAGGUUCUUCAAUUGAAACAAGGCCAUUACUCAGAUCUUCCUGCUGUGAAGAUUUCAGAGAUGAUGAAAUCAAAUGCCUUAGAUAAUGCUCCAACUGCUUCACUUCUAAGUGUUGUAAAUGGGAUUCUGGACGAAAGUGUCGAAAGGAAGAACGGUGAAAUACCUUAUCGUGUCGCGUGUCUGUUGAGAAAAGUUGUUCAGGAGAUUGAAAGGCGAAUAUCAACUCAAGCUGAACACCUGAGAACACAAAACAAUCUUUUUAAGGCUCGUGAAGAGAAAUACCAAUCGAGAAUCCAAGUGCUUGAAGCCCUUGCAUCUGCCACUGGUGAAGAGACUGAGCUUGUUAUGAAACAGCUUCAGCAAGUAAAGUCUGAGAAACCAAAAGUGGAAGAGAAGAAGGAACUUAGAGAGGAAAAUGCAGUAGAAUUGGCAAAAGAGAAGGAGCAAAGUAGCCUUGAGAUUUCAGCUCUGAAGCAAGAACUUGAAUUGACCAAAAAGCGCUGUUUGCAAGCGGAAACAGAAGCCAAAGAGAAGGAGCAAAGUAGCCUUGAGAUUUCAGCUCUGAAGCAAGAACUAGAAUUGACCAAAAAGACAUAUGAAUUGCGCUGUUUGCAAGUGGAAACAGAAGCUGAAGAGAAGGAGCAAAGUAGCCUUGAGAUUUCAGCUCUGAAGCAAGAACUAGAAUUGACCAAAAAGACAUAUGAAUUGCACUGUUUGCAAGUGGAAACAGAAGCUAAUACAGCUAAAGAAGACCUUCAGGCCAAGGUAAUAGAGCUUGAGGGCCUCAUAGCGACAUCGAGAACUGAAGUGAAAGAGAUUGAGGGCCUCUUAACGGCAUCAAGGAUGGAAGUGAAGGAGAUUGAGGGCCUUUUAACGGCAUCGAGGAAUGAAGUCAAAGAGCUUGAGGAACAUUCUGAUUCAAGGAACCAGGGAUGGACUAGGAAAGCUAACAUCUGCAGAAGUUUCCUGGAAUUUCAACUUGGUGUGCUGAGGGAGUUGAAGCUUUCUUCACAUUCCAUCAAGCAAGAAGUUUUAAAAACUCAAAAGAGCCUCUCAGAUGACUUUAAUUCCCUAGGCUUGAAGCUUAAAGAAUUAGCACAUGCAGCCGAAAAUUAUCAUAGUGUUCUUGCCGAAAACCGACAGUUAUUUAACGAAGUUCAAGAACUAAAAGGCAACAUUAGAGUUUACUGUCGAACAAGGCCAUUUUUGCCUAAACAGACUGGAAAAUCAUGCAUAGAAUAUAUUGGCGAUAAUGGGGAGAUAAUCAUCUCAAAUCCAUCCAAACCAGGAAAAGAUGGGCAAAGGAUGUUUAAGUUUAAUAAGGUCUAUGAUCCAGCUGCUACUCAAGUGGAGGUGUUUUCAGAUAUCCAACCCUUUAUCAGAUCUGUGCUUGACGGAUACAAUGUCUGCAUAUUUGCUUAUGGGCAGACAGGUUCAGGAAAAACAUAUACAAUGAGUGGUCCUAAUGGAGCGAGUGAAAAAGAUUUGGGAGUUAAUUUUCGAGCUCUCAAUUACCUUUUCAAUAUCUCACAAAGUAGAGGAAGCUCCAUAAAUUAUGAAGUUGAGGUUCAAAUGAUUGAAAUAUACAAUGAACAAGUGCGUGAUUUACUAUCAAGUGAUGGUUCCCAGAAAAAACUUGGGAUUUUAUCUUCCACUCAAGCCAAUGGGCUAGCUGUUCCCGAUGCCACCAUGCACCCUGUUAGAGUGACAGCAGAUGUGAUGGAAUUAAUCGACCUCGGAUUUAAGAAUAGAGUUGUUAGUUCCACUGCCCUUAAUGAAAGAAGCAGCCGAUCUCACAGUGUUGUCACCAUUCAUGUUCGUGGGAAGGAUUUGAAGACUGGUUCUCCUCUUUAUGGCAAUCUCCACUUGGUAGAUCUUGCAGGAAGUGAAAGGGUAGAUCGCUCUGAGGUGACAGGCGACAGGCUGAAGGAAGCACAACAUAUAAACAAAUCUUUGUCAGCCCUUGGAGAUGUUAUUUUUGCUCUUGCACAAAAGAGUUCUCAUGUCCCCUAUAGAAACAGCAAGCUUACUCAGUUACUUCAAAGCUCUCUAGGAGGCCGAGCAAAAACCAUUAUGUUUGUGCAGCUCAAUCCUGAUGCAACUUCAUUUACUGAGAGUUUGGGUACCUUGAAGUUUGCAGAGAGGGUCUCUGGAGUUGAGCUGGGUGCUGCAAAGAGCAGCAAAGAGGGCAGGGAUGUUCGGGAAUUAAUGGAGCAGCUGGCAUCUCUUAAAGACACGAUUGCCAAAAAGGAUGAAGAGAUUGAGAGGUUGAACCUCAUAAAGACAUAAUGUUGUAUAAUUCAGAGACAAGAAGUUGGACCAGAAGCUUGAGGAUUUAUUCUAUGAGCGAGAAUAAUCUUUCAAGAUUGAACAAGCACUUUUGGAAAAAAUUUAGGAGCAGAAACAAUGAAAGAAAGGAAAGGAAAUUUAUAACGUCUGUAAAGAAGUUGUGGAUAGAGAGAUGCAUAUAGAGGAAGUUGCAGGUAGAGGAAGCUGUGAAUAGAAAAAGGAACAUGAGUUGACAUGAAAGCAAUACUCUUUAUAAUUGAAAUAAAAUACCAAUAUUUGACUA